CUCCAAUAUAAUAAAUAGAAACUCUCCUCUAAAAAUGAUUGAAAUCGACCAGCUCUCGCAUCUUCCUAAAACCCCAUUAUCUCCUACCUGCCAGCUUUGUUCUCGGGUUCCAAUACACAAAGCCAGUUGCCCUCACUGCCAGUCAACUUACUGUAAGCACCACCUUGGAAGGCUAAUGAUUAAGAAAGCAACUUGAGUUAAUAGGAAAUGAAGUAGAGUUGUUAAUGAUCCAUUCCUGAAAGUAAGACGCCCAUUCGGCAUAGAAGCCAGAGGAACAGCAUCUAGUACUAUUUCUGAGAACUUCAUGGAAGGAUCUGAUUUGAGUAGCGAUAGUCAAGAGGAUGAUAUCAAAAAUACUACCUCCACUGAGCCAGAAAGGAUUUCUUCUAAACAACUAAUUUUAUUCCUAAAGCAAAAAUCAAAGCACUGCACCUUCCUUUCCAAAAAGCAGAACCUCUCAGUCAUAGCUUCUGUGUAUGAGGAAGAGAAGGAGGAAGAGGUCAAGGAAAUACUUGAAUCUGACCUUAGCGUAGAACCCACUCAUGCAGCUUUGUAUAAGUCCCAGUAUGUACCUCAACAAGAAUUCCCGAAGACAAUUGAGCCUGUGAAGGAAGUCCUUCAGGAAAUUAAUGAGGCUGAAGAGAUUGAGGAUUCUAUAGAGAAUAUUCCUGAAGAAGAGGCUCGAGAGACUGAUACAGGCCAAGAACAGCCUAGCGUCACUCUUUUAGAAAAACCCUCAGAAGCACCUAUAACUGAGAUUUCAGAGGAAACUAAGCAGGAACCACACCAGAGUACUGACAAAGAUGUAAAGGUAUCACCCAAAAUCGAGGAAUCCAAAAAGAUUUCUUCCAAAUCUGAUGAACUUGAGAAAGCCGCCCCUAAGAAGCUAAAGUUAUUUAGUGCUUUGUUAUUCUACAAGUACAAAAUCAUGUUUCUGAAGAUACCCUUCAUAGCAUUGAUUUCGGUUAUAGUAUUGCAUAAAAGGAAAUCAAUUAGCUCCUACAACAGCCCGGUAUCUACUAGCUCACCUAUCAAGAGACACCAAAGUGACAUGGGAUCUUCUACUGUCGACUCUACGAUAUCAGCAAGUAUUUACAAUUCCAGGUCUCAGGCCAGUGUGAGCCCUUUCCAUAUUUCAAAUCAAACUGAAGAGAUUAACAGAAAAAUGAUGGAAUCAGCUGAAGUAAGACUGUACAAAGAAGACAUGGUGGAAGAAAGUCAGGGCAAACAAAAAUUGAUGGCUCCUGAGGAAGAAAAUUGGGUAUCCCCAAUCCAGAAUUCUACAAUGAUGCUCCAAUUUUUCUCGAAAUAUGCUUAAAAGGAAAU